GCGAGGCUGCCGCGCAGGCGCCGUGGGGGUCGGGGCGGGAUGGCAGGCAGCCCCGCGGGGUCUGAGGCGCCGCGACCCGCCCUCUAGAAGGAACUCCUGAGGUGAGGCGGGCGCUCGCGGCUCCCACGCAACCGCCUCGCCUCGACGUCCCCGGAGGCGCGCGGCCUGGGCCCGCCCCGUCGCCACGUCCCCCGUUCGAGUUAAACCCCGGCGCGGGCGGCAGCAAAGCCCGGGAAUGCAGGGGGCGACGCGUCCUGUCGCCGCCAUUCCGCAGGCAGCGCCAGUGACGGUCUCGCAGGGCGCCCUCAGCGGGCAGCCCAGUGCUGGUUGCCUGUCCAGCCAGCCCGAGCUCGGCGCCGGGCCCGUCCGUGCGGCCACGCGCGACAGUGGGCAGCUGCGGUCCUGAGGGCCGUGGGCGCGUGUGCGGGCGCAGGGCGCCUGGUCCUGGGAACGCUCCUCGGGCGCCUUCCCGGACGUGGUCGGGGACGGGCAGGUGCAUCCCGUGAGUGACCCCCGUCACCGCGGGGAGAGCGGGGCCGGCAGGGCUGGCUCGGGGUGCGGUGGGACAGGAAGUGGGGCGUCCCCGCUCCCCUUCACCCCGGCCCAGCGCCGCGGGCUUCAGGAACGCGCACGCGCACGAGUGGGCCGGCGGGACGCCCCUUCCGCGUGUGGCCCCGAACCCGAACCCGAACCUGAACCCGACCCGCGGGGCUCGGGCCACCCCGCCCCCAGGUCAAGAGAGUCUGUUCCUAUCAAUUACUGAAGCCAUAAGGAAAAAAAUUUGAACUAUCAUGAUGAGGUGUUUCCACAUCUGCAAACUUCCUGGCAGAGCGCUGGGCACCCGCGUGCUCCGCCUCUCUCUGGUGGCCGUCCUCCUGCUGCUCCUGGUGGCUGGGGCCCUCACCACGCUCCUUCCCAACAACAAAGACGACAAGAUGCUCUCGUGGCGGAGGGAGGUGAAGGCCCAGGGCCAGUCCGCCCUGGCUUCCUUCACUCUCAUCAUGCAGACGUACAACAGGUCGGAUCUGCUGCUGCGGCUGCUCAAUCACUACCAGGCGGUGCCGCAGCUGCACAAAGCCAUCGUGGUGUGGAACAAUGUCGGGGAGAAGCCACCGGAGGACUUAUGGAACUCUCUGGGGCCGCACCCCGUGCCCGUGAUCUUCAAACCCCAGACCACCAACAGGAUGAGAAAUCGGCUCCAGGCCUUCCCUGAACUGGAGACCCAGGCGGUGUUAAUGGUCGAUGACGACAUGCUAAUUAGCGCCCAAGACCUUGCCUUUGCUUUCUCCGUUUGGCAGCAAUUUCCUGACCAAAUUGUAGGAUUUGUCCCCAGGAAGCACGUUUCCACCGCGUCGGGCGUCUACAGCUACGGAGGCUUUGAGCUGCAGACCCCGGGCGUGGGGGACGGUGACCAGUACUCCAUGGUGCUGAUCGGGGCCUCUUUCUUCAGCAGCAAGUACCUCGAGCUCUUCCAGAGGCAGCCCGCAGCCGUCCACGCCCUGGUCGAUGACACGCAAAACUGUGAUGACAUUGCCAUGAACUUCCUCAUUGCCAAGCACACCGGGAAGACUUCGGGGGUGUUUGUAAAACCUGUAAACAUGGGCAACUUGGAAAAAGAAACCAGUGGGGGCCAUUCGGGAAUGUGGCAUCGAGCGGAGCACUUCCUGCAGAGGUCGUACUGCGUCAAUAAGCUGGUCGGCGUCUACGGCGGCAUGCCCCUCAAGUACUCCAACCUCAUGAUCGCUCAGUUCGGCUUUCCCUAUGCCAACCACAAAAGCAAGCUGUGAACGCCAAGCAGAAACAAACCUCACACGGCUUAGUAGUUGAAUAGCUUCUCCACACUGUGGUUGCUUGUUUGUUUUUAAGCAACAUCAUGAACUUUUAUCCACCCUGGAAGUCUCUACAAAGGAAAACAUUGCAGCACUUCUUGGAUGUAAAAGCCACAUGACCUUCAAAACCCAAGAGCCGGGAGCUCUUCUUGUGAGGAGCGUUCAUGCGCGGACAUAACUCCUGGGGCAGUGCCUUGAUGGUUUGCAUUCUGAAAUGGCCCUACAGUUUCUUUGACGCCUGGCAUUUGCCUUAAGGACCCAUCGUGAGCUGUUUCCAGGACCAGAAGCGCUUCAGCCUUUUCAUUAAAGGACAGUCGUUUGCAUUCAAAGCCUGAGAUGCUUCUAAGCAAAGCGCCCGUGGUGCUGGAAAAAGGCACGAGGAGAGAGAGGUCUCACCGUAUCACACAGUGGAACUUUCCUGACUCGGUGUCCAGCUUCCUGUGGUCCCCCAGCCAGCCUUCCCAGGGCUGACUCAGCCUGGCUCGGCUUUGGGGCAACCAUCGUGCUUUUCUUUCUGCCCAUAAGUCUGCAGGACUCUGAGGCUUCAUGUCACAGCUGAAGGACGUCUCUGUUCUGCUUGAUCUCCAUGCGCGUUUCCUGCAUGGAUCACGGGAAAGUGCAGCUGCUCUUUUUAUAAGCAGCUAACAUGCGGCGAGGAGUCGAUGUUUUACCAGGUUCGGGUAGUGCAUUUUUGUCACUGAGCCUGACCUUGAGAUGGUACAUUGGUUUUUAUUUUUUAUAAAAUAUCCCUUCUGAAAGAAUGUUGAGUAGGCACAGGCAGAAGUCAAAACUCUAGUAUCAAAAGGUCUUUACUGUUGGGGCAGAGGUUAUCACAUGGAUGCUAGAGUCGUAUUUGUUAUACACAGUCAGUUUCUUGCAUUGAGAACUUUUUUUUCUCUGCCAAAAAGAAGAUCUAAGGCACUAUUCAUCAUGCAAUUUUGAUUAAUAGGUACAGGAAGAAAUAAAGGGUCUUUCUCAUGGUGGAGGAAUUCUGUGGGGAGUCUGCACAGGUCAGGUUGCAUUGCCCACUCUGCUGUACGAACUGGUAUGUGUUCCGCGGUGUCUGGUCCUUGCUCAUCACUGGCAGCGAGGAGCACUUACGUAGGCCUCUUGUCUUCCCCCUCUUCCUCCUCCCCCUCCUCCUCUCCCUCCCCCUCCUCCUCCCAUAAUGCCAUUAUAUCCCUACAAUUGCAAAGCUGUGAAAACAUUAUAAUAAUCCUGGUUUAUGUUCCAACAAUGAGGUCUUUGUGUAGGUAGUCCAGUAUGUGUUGUUUCUUUUGCCUUGGCAUGUGUGUGUGUGUUGACGCAGUCAGAUGAAGCCAGUAGAAAGCAGAAGCUCUCUAUGAAUGUAAUGUUAGUUAUCUGCUCUGUCCUCUUGGGAUUGCACUGUCACAUAAAUAAAAUGAGCUUCUACCGUU